AUGUGGUCAGGUCAAGAUCCUGCAGUAAGAUCUGUAGCAGAGGCUAGUCAAAGAUCCCGGGAAGGCCUUUCAGAUCCAGAUAGAUAUAUACUUAACACAGACGAUGAUACCUUGCCUAAGGAGAUGGCUUAUGAAACUAUGAAGAAGAGGGUAAUGGAGGCUGCAAGAUUAAUUUUCAGCCCCGAGUUCAUGAAUCGUGUCGACAAUCCAGCUCUUGACCUCAAACAGAUUAGCAGUAUUGUCAUGUUACAGUUGGCACCAGUUGGCUCUGGAUCUAGGAAACAGUUAUCUAUGGCUCAGAUUCUCGAUAGAGUCCGAGCCAUCUCAGGCCAACCACCACCAAUAGAUCCGCCACCUGAUUUCAAGGUCAGGUGUUUAAAGAUACCUGCUGAUCCCGGUGAACCUCCGAUGGCAUCCUUUGAACUGUGUAAUAACCCUGACCAGCUGGUCCACUCAUCGGUCUCAUCAUCGGGGUAUGGUACACACCCGCAGGAGCUGGAAUCGUGUAAACUGGCUGUUCUGUGUUGA